CCGCUUUAUGCAUUACUUUUCUUCUCCACCACCACCAAGAUAUAAACCCCUACUAAUCAGAAAUUCUAAGCCCAAAGGCAAAUCCUCUUCGUAAGGAAUCCCCCAAUUUCUCAUCGUCCAAACAGGAAAGUUGCCUUCCCCAAGAAAACCCUAAUUGUUCUUUUCUUUUUUUGAAGUAGAGAGAGAGGAAGGGAGGGAGAGAGAUUGGUAGAGAGAGAAAGAGAGAUUUUCUUUGAUUUAGCGAAGGAUGUCUGCGGCAGUGUGCGGGAGUAAGAGAUCGUUCUUCGAGGAUAUCCCGUCGUCGCCAUCGGCUUCUGUCUCUAAGAAGCUCCGGCGCUGCUCGCCUUCAUCUCCUUCGUCUGUUCGUUUUUCUCCGCCGCCGUCUUCCCUCGCUCACCUCGAAGCUCUUUUCCCUCAAAUGGACCCCGAGCUUCUGGAGAGAGCACUGCUAGAAUGUGGCAAUGAUAUAGACACUGCUGUCAAGAGGCUGCAGGAACUUUGCUUGGGAGCUGCAGAGGCUAUAGGGGAAAGGUCAGGUCCUGUUGAAGAACUGGGUGCAGCUGCAGAGCUGGGUACGUUGACCAAUGAUGGGGAAGCUACUGCUACUGUGCCUGUUCAGAAUCCAUCAGCCCCUGAAAAACUGCCUGUUGAUGGUGCAGAAUGGGUGGACUUGUUUGUGAGGGAGAUGAUGAGUGCUACAAGUGUGGAUGAUGCCAAGGCCCGUGCCUCUAAACUGCUGGAGGUUCUGGAGAAGUCCAUUAGUAGAUCUGCUGCUGAAGAGGCAGCACAAAAUUUUCACAAGGAAAAUAUCAUGUUAAAGGAACAGAUUGAGGUGUUGAUUCAAGAAAAUACGGUCCUCAAACGAGCUGUGGCAAUCCAACAUGAACGUCAAAAGGAGUAUCAAGAUAAAAACCAUGAGUUGCAACAUCUGAAGCAGUUGGUGUCUCAGUAUCAGGAGCAGUUGCGAACUCUAGAGGUAAAUAACUACGCAUUGACGAUGCAUCUGAGACAGGCACAGCAAAGCAACUCCAUCCCAGGGCGUUUCCACCCAGAUGUCUUCUAAAAAUAAGAAUGGAGCAUGUAGGGAUGAAGUGUUUAGCUUUAUUUAUGACUAUAGAAACUAGCACAAUAUGCUAAGCUGUCAGUGCUUUAUAAUCUGUUUGCCGUAAGAUGGUAUGUUUGUUGUGUAAUUUAGUCUUGUGUCUGAUAUGUGGCCAUAGGCUUAACGUGGUGUUUGGAGUAAACAGUCAUAAUUGUUGAUUGUUAAAGAAAUUUCACAUUUAUAUUUCAAAGUAAAUCAAUUUGAUUACUAUA